AUCCACCUGCGAGGACGGAGGUGCUCGACCCCACCCGACAUCCGGUGCAGUGACAUGAACGGUGUUUAAGGAAGCGAAAGAGAGAAUCGUGGUUCUAAUUGUAAUAUUCUCUUUUUUGGUAUUUAUAACUUUUGUUUUUAUUUACCCCGUCUCUCGGUCUCUCGAGGACAAUCUGCUCGAUUUUAAUGUAACGUGGAGAUUAUCAGACGGGUCGGGAAAGGACUUUUAACUGAAGCUGAAACAAAUGUUCCUCACGAUGUCCAGGUAUCUCGGUCUGAUACUUAUUAUCACGGCUUUUACUUACGCAUACGGUGCCAGGAAGUGUGAGGGUAACGGUCUAGGUCUACAAUAUGUAUGGGGUGACGCACUCACCGAUCCCAGUGACUGUAUAGGACCGAAUAAUAUGCAGUAUCCCUCCGCCGCGAUAUCGAGGAGCUUUAAGAAUCUCUGGGCAGGCAGUAGUCGAACCGCGCGAUCGCAUCAGCCACGGACGAUUGAUCCCGAACUGACGAGGCAGGCGCUUUUACACAACUACAAAGCGGCCCACGGGGACUAUUCUAUCGCCGGAAGUUCCCGGAACGGUCGUGCGUUUUCCGCGAAGGAAAGUUGCGGUUCGCCCGCCAGGCUCUGCAAAACAAGGUACAAUACCACAGCUCCUAUGUACGGCAUCAGCCUCACUAGCGGACAACCGGUAACAAUCGUGCAGAAGUUCCCCGAUCUCCUGCAGCAAGUCGUCUUCGAAGUCUGCGAAUCGAAGGAAUGCGACGUGGUUCAUGGUGAGUGCACGCAGACCUACGUACCGUACCUGUUUCUGGUGAUUCCUCUCGGUCCAGUGACCUUGACUGGCCAGGAUUACGUACUGGUGGAGAGCGGUUGCGUCUGCAAGCCGAGAAAUUCGGCGAGCGCGUCCACCGAUACGCCGCCGGCUGUUCCAAGCUUCUAAACGUUCGUCAAAUCCACACAAGUCGCAAGCAUCUCUGAAUGUUCUCCGUCCAGACGACAGGACUCAUUCUAAACAUCGCGUUCUACUAGAACGCCACGGUAUAGAACGAUUUCCGGCAUUAAAAUCCCCCGAAUGGCUCGAUAAUUUCAUCGAUGCGAUGCUAGAAUGUUAUUUCUUGAAAGAAAUUUUUCCGGCAAGAAUGUGUGGAUGUAUGAAACGAAUUCCGGGAUAAACGGAAUGAAUCUGUCUUCCAUUUUUUUUUACCAGGAGAUAUCAUUGCAAUUUCA